AUGGGCGGCCGGGGCUCGCUGCUGGCGGCGCCCGCCCGCCUGCUGCUGCUGCUGGCCCUGCUCUGGCCGAGGGAAGUCCGGUGUGGUUACCAUGAGAAGCGACUGCUGCACCAUCUGCUGGACCACUACAACGUGCUGGAGCGGCCGGUGGUCAACGAGAGUGACCCCCUGCAGCUCUCCUUCGGCCUCACGCUAAUGCAGAUAAUUGAUGUGGAUGAGAAGAACCAGCUACUCAUUACUAACAUCUGGCUUAAACUGGAAUGGAAUGAUAUGAACUUGAGAUGGAACACAUCGGACUUUGGCGGCGUGAAAGAUCUGAGAGUGCCGCCACACCGACUAUGGAAACCAGAUGUAUUGAUGUACAACAGCGCGGACGAGGGCUUCGACAGCACUUACCCCACGAACGUGGUGGUGCGCAACAACGGCUCGUGCCUGUACGUCCCGCCCGGCAUCUUCAAGAGCACCUGCAAGAUCGACAUCACGUGGUUCCCCUUUGACGACCAACGCUGCGAGAUGAAGUUCGGUAGCUGGACCUACGACGGUUAUCAGUUGGAUCUUCAGCUACAGGACGAGGCAGGAGGAGAUAUCAGCAGUUUUGUAACUAAUGGAGAAUGGGAACUAAUAGGUGUGCCGGGCAAGCGGAACGAGAUCUAUUACAACUGCUGCCCGGAGCCGUACAUCGACAUCACCUUCGCGGUGGUCAUCCGCCGGAAAACACUCUACUACUUCUUCAACCUCAUCGUGCCAUGUGUACUCAUAGCUUCUAUGGCACUUCUCGGCUUUACUUUGCCACCAGAUUCGGGCGAGAAACUAUCGUUAGGUGUCACAAUCCUGCUGUCGCUGACGGUGUUCCUCAACAUGGUGGCGGAGACGAUGCCGGCGACGUCGGACGCGGUGCCGCUGCUGGGCACGUACUUCAACUGCAUCAUGUUCAUGGUGGCGUCCUCGGUCGUGUCCACGAUCCUCAUCCUGAACUACCACCACCGGCACGCGGACACACACGAAAUGAGCGAUUGGAUCCGCUGCGUGUUCUUGUACUGGCUACCGUGGAUCCUGCGCAUGUCGCGACCGGGCUCGGCGGCCACGCCCCCGCCCGCGCGCGCGCCUCCCCCGCCCGACCUCGAGCUGCGGGAGCGCUCCUCUAAGUCGCUGCUGGCCAACGUCCUCGACAUCGACGACGACUUUCGACAUGCGCACGCGCAGCAGCCCCCCUGCUGCCGAUACUACAGGUCCCUCGAUGAUCUACACGAACACUACUCGCCGGGUGGAGAAGAGAAUGGCGCGGGUCUGGCGGCUCACAGCUGCUUCGGUGUAGACUACGAGCUCUCGCUAAUAUUGAAAGAGCUACGAGUCAUCACAGAUCAGAUGCGCAAAGAUGACGAGGAUGCGGACAUUUCACGCGACUGGAAGUUCGCCGCCAUGGUCGUGGACAGACUGUGCCUUAUUAUCUUUACCCUGUUCACAAUCAUCGCCACGCUAGCCGUGCUGCUGUCCGCGCCGCACAUCAUGGUGUCGUAGCGCCUCGCCCGCCUGCGGCUGCGCUUGUGUAACGUUCUGUGAUACCGCGAAUAUAAAUUAAGUUGUGAUGUGUGAAGGUGCGAGCGCCUUGGCCGCGGCGCCGGAGUUGCCGCCGCCCGCCUCGCCGCCCGCGCCUCCCUAUAGACAUAAGUUACCGCUGACUGCCAUCCCUACGCAUUAACGAGUACUGCCUCCCCAGUAUCCUGUCCUUUUACCUCUGACGCCUCUCUUUCAGCGGCCGAUUCUUCGCUCCCCCACAAAUCGAACCGAGCGAUCUUCUAUCCCGAUUCUCGAGCGAGAUUUGACGCUUGCUAAUCACGCUUCUCACAGACAGACGAGAGUAUCACUCUUCCGAUCUCAUUCGACAGACUGAUAAAUGGCAACGUGGCAGGUAUCGACAUAUCUGGCAGAGUGCUCCGACGCCAGGCUUUUAGUGAUCCACGCUAGAAUAGUCGCCAGGACGGAUCACAAUCUGUGACUGUGGUCUGUACAAAGAUAUAGCACAAAAAUGUCUUCCUUCUUACCGUAAACGACCUGUCGCAUUAAAAUUUAAACUUUGUUAGAACUUUCUCAAUUCUUAAAGUCUAUAUGUACAGUUUAGGGUUCGGGCGCCGCGUCGCCCCUCGUUUUCUUCUCGUUCGAUUCCGUGAAUCGUGGUUAUCCCUUAUUUUGUUUCGGAUAUAUUACGUCAGUAGCUAGUAUAGACUUUACAAACGAUGUUGAUUCAAUUGGUACAGGUUGUGAUAUGCCUCGUUGUGAACGGGUCGAUAUUGUUAUAAAUGGUAAAAUAUCCAAGCUAUAGCUUAAAUAAAACGUUCGUUAAAAGUUGUAGUUAAUUAAACAAUUAUUUUAUUAAAGUCAUACUCGUGUCUUUCGGAACGACUUAUACAAACAAUCACGGUUAUAUCACGCUCGUACCGUCCUCGCGUCAAAGUGAGGGCAUAAUGUUAACUUUUUUAUCGUUCCCCAUUUAUAAAAUAUCAGUCUGAGAGAACAUACGUUUAAAUUAUACAAUCGACAUAGUUAUUUAUAAUCAUCGCGUACGGUUUUUAUAUGGUUUUUGAUAGUUAUACAUCGCAUCACAUUUACAAGAAUCAGGAGGGUGAUGUCCCUAAAGCAUACGAUAGACUGUUUAAUGUCGUUAAGCACCGGCGAUUCAUAGACUCCAUAGGAAUUACUCGCCCAUUAUCCUUCAGGUUAAUAAAAACUAAAAGACGUUCGGUCAUUUUUUCAUUACCAUUCCGGCGAAAGUUCACGUAACGAAGAUUGUUUUAGGAAACAUUGUGAACCUCCCACAAAGAAAACGUCCCCGAAGGAGAUGCGCGGAUACAUGUAGGUUCUAUUGUACCCUCGCAGAGCUCCGAUGCCAUGUUUUCUUCGUUCGAGGUGAUUCUACGCUAUGCUACGAUAAGCGUGUUCGUUUCUUUGGAAGUUGCGAAACGGGCACGGUUAGGAGGCAAUGUUUCUGCUCUUUUAACUUAUUUAUUGUUAUACGGGCGCUCCCGAACGCGUUUUGGGAGGGCUCCGAGGAACGCCGCACGUUAUUGAUAACGUUACGAUUGAUAAUAACAUGUCGCGUUCGCGGCGGCGUUGGGACGAUUCGUCCCCGUAAUUUGUUCAAUUGUUAGGGUUAAAACUCUGAAUUGCACUUUGUUUAUUAAAUAUAAACGAAUGAAACAAAA